AUGCUGCGCGCCUCUCUUCGCUCAUACCUGGCGCUGGGUCAACAGCCCAGUGCUGCCAGUGCUGGGCGGCAAUGGCAUGGGAUACAACAGAUUCGGGUGAGUGCGGGAUACUUCUUUCAAGAGCUUUGGGCGCAUCACCUCAAAUUCUCAAUUGAGGAAAAUCAAGUACUAAUCGUGUGGUUUCCACAUAGAGAGGAUAUGCCGAUAUCAAAAAGCCAUCUCUCGCCGAUAGUAAACCUGCUGUACUCCCCGGCUCUGGGAGCUCGACCUCUCCUCAGCCUCCACCUCCAGGACGCCCAACUGUAGUAGCUCAAUCCUCUCUAAAGACACCUACACCUACAACGCCUGCCUCAAAGACCAUUCCAGCAAACGAUGUUCCACGUACUCCACCACCACCGCCAAGUAGCACCAUCAAGGCUGCCCAACAGACACCCCCUCCCCCACCACCACCACCGAAACGAACAGGGAGAGUUCGCAGAUUCUUAACAACUCUCAUACUUUUGACAGCUUUGGGUUUUGGAGGAGGUGUCUACUAUUCAAGAAUUAAUGACAACUUCCACGACUUUUUCACGGAGUACGUCCCGUUCGGAGAAGAUGCCGUGUUAUAUUUCGAAGAGAAGGAUUUCCGCAAACGCUUCCCAGUGGUUGGCCGUUUAAGUAGACCACGGGAUACUGGAGAUCAGAUAAAGAUUCCGAGUCAGUCGGGGGUUUCAUGGAGGGUAGCAGAGGACAAUAAAACCGAGACGGGACGUCACGCAAAUGCUGUGAAGGAUACACCAAAGCCAAAAGAGGUUGCGAAGGUUCAAAAGCCAAAACCGGCGGAGAGCGUUAAGCCCGUAGAGGCAAAGAAAGAACCUGCACCACCAGCUUCCCCUCUUCCAAAAUCUCCUAACGCACCAUCACCCGCAAAGCCGAGCCAUCCAGUAACCCAAGAGGCAAUUGCGCCCGCUGCAGUUGCAUUUACCGCCCCAGAUGUUGAUCAGCCGUCUAGAUUUCCACCCGAGGUCACUCGAAUCGAUCCAAUCAAUAUCAAGGAUGCCAAUGAACCUUUGGUACAGGAUCUUGUCAAGAUCCUCAACGAUAUAAUUACUGUUCUCAACGCUGACAACUCCAAUGCAAAGUUCUCCAACACUAUUGGAAAGGCUAAGAGUGAAAUCGCCAAGGUUGGUGGGAGAAUUCAAGCUCUUAAAGAUGCUGCGCAAAAAGAUGCUGCUGCGCAAAUCAUAAGCGAAAAAGAGGAUUUUGACCGUGCCGCCAAGGAGCUCAUCCGCCGUCUCGAAGCAGAAAUGGCGAAUCAACAAUCAGCGUGGCAAGAGGAAUACCAAACCGAACGCCAGAGGAUCAAGGAAAGCUAUGAGCAGAAGUUGAAGGCUGAAAUUGAGCGUGCUCAUGAAGUCAACGAGCAGCGUUUACGCAAUGAGUUACUUGAGCAGGCCUUGGAGAUGAAGAAAAAGUUCAUGGCUGAUAUCAAAGAUCGCGUUGAAGAGGAACGUGAUUCACGUUUGGGCAAACUUACAGAUCUGUCAAAAACCGUGACAGAUCUUGAGAAACUAACCACCGACUGGAAUUCAGUUGUAGACUCUAACCUCAAGACUCAGCAUCUACAUGUUGCCGUUGAGGCAGUCCGUGCCAAUCUCGAAAAGAGCGAGGUUCCAAGGCCAUUUGUCCGUGAACUUGCAGCUUUGAAGGAAAUUGCAUCAGGGGAUGCGGUUGUGAAUGCAGCAAUUGCAUCAAUAAACCCUACCGCUUACCAACGCGGAGUCGCGUCUUCGUCUCAACUUAUCGAUCGGUUCCGCCGUGUUGCUACUGAGGUCAGAAAGGCUUCACUUCUUCCAGAGGAUGCCGGUGUUGCCAGCCAUGCCUCUAGUUAUCUCCUCAGCAAAGUCUUGUUCAAGAAGCAAGGUCUUGCCACUGGUGACGACGUUGAGAGUAUUUUGACGAGAACGGAAACAUUCCUCGAAGAGGGUAAUUUAGACGAGGCUGCGAGAGAGAUGAAUGGAUUGAAGGGAUGGGCGAAGACUUUGAGCAGGGAUUGGUUGGGUGAGGUCAGAAAGGUAUUGGAAGUGCAACAAGCUUUGGAUGUAAGUGUUCUCUUUUUAAACGCCGAAUUCGCAUACUAAUUCAUAUCAGGUUAUCGCUACUGAAGCGAGAUUGCAGAGCUUAAGGGUCGAGUAAGGAAGCGAGGCCUUCUAUCCUUUUUCUUUUGUACACGACCACCCUUGGUGAGAGUCGAUUAAGGUAGGUAGGGGUUUGAAAACUGCUAGCUACCUCUGUAAUAGGUAGACAAAAUAGAAAUGUACUUUAUCACACAAUCGGGGUAUCUAUGGGGUUUUCACGCCGCUUGGAACUUUGAAUAUCCGCCUCCAGGCUUUCAUGGCU